AAGCUUCUAUUGGGUUUGUAGUAGAGAGGCUGAGCUACGCGAAGAACGAGAGAGGAGGUUGGAAAAGAAGAAACCGGUGAUUUGAAGUUGUUGAAGAUAUGGAGAUGGAAAGAAAGCAGUUUGAAAUAGACCUUGGACAUCUUAUGGCCUUCGAUCCCUCUCACCACUUCCGCUCUCCUCCUUCCAACAGGGAGGAGUUAGUAAAGGAAUGUCUACAGAGGGGCACUGAGCUAGUUCAAGCUAUUGCAGAUGAUGUUUUCAGCUUACCCUCUACUGAAGAUGUAGAUGGUCCCCUUGUCAAGUUGCCACCACCGACAACAAAACUGCCUAGGGGGAAGCAUCUUCCAAGGCCUAAACCUCCAACAAAAUGGGAAGUAUUUGCCAAAGCAAGAGGUAUACAAAAUCGUAAAAAGGACAAGGUUGUUUGGGAUGAACAAACUGGCACUUGGAAACGUCGAUAUGGGUAUGAUCGUGUUAAUGAUGAUGAAGAUAUACCCAUCCUUGAGGCCAAGGCAACUGAUGAGCCAGGGCAGGAUCCUUUUGCUAAAAGACAAGCAGAAAAGAAUACAAGGGUUAAGAAGCAAGCGAAGAAUCGGUUGCAGAACCUGAAAGAAGCUGAAAAAGUUGGUGCUUUGCCAAGCCAUGUACAACUAGCUGCUACAGCAUUGCCAAUAACAGGAACCCAGACUGCCACAAAGAAACUAACUAAAGAUGAACUUGGGAAUGUCGCCGGUCUUGCUGCAACUGCCACUGCAAGUGGUGGGAAAUUUGAUAAGAAAUUGCCUGGUGAAAAGGCUCCUAAAAAGCAAGGAAAGCAUCGCAAGUUCCUUCCAGUUGUGGAAGGUUCAGGGAUAGGCACACAAGAAAAGGAGCAAACUGAGAAAGUACUGAGCAAGCUAAUAUCGAAAAAUUCGCAUGAGAUUCUCAACCUUGAUAAGGCCGUUAGCAUGUACAAUGUGAAGAAAGAGAAGAAGCGGAGGAACGAUAAGGAAAAGUCUUCUUCAACUUCAACCAAGUUGAAACCCAAAGCCAAACCCAUGAAAGGAAAGAACAAUUCUUUUAAGAAGCCUUCGAAGGGAGGUUCAAAGGGCGGCUCGUUCAAGAAAGGGAAGGCAAAAUAAUACUGUAGACAGUGUUAGUUAUGCUAAAAUCAUAUUAUUUUUGGUUAGGUUACUGCGUUUAUUUUGAUGGUGAAAGGAAUCUUGUUGCAUUGUUCAAUUUAUGCAGUCAGUCCAUAAUCUGCACCUUUGAUCGACUGUUGUUCUCUGUCUCUCUCCCUUCUCCAGACAAAGCUUUUGUUCUACUGGUUUGAAUCAGAAUGGUAUUCAUGAGCAUUGAUUAAAAAAA